CUUGCCCCCUCGUCUUCCUCUUCCCUCUUGCCCCCUCUUCUCACUCGCUUCCUCUCGUCCCCUCUUCUCACUCGCUUCCUCUCGUCCCCUCGCCCCUCGUCUUCCUCUUCCCUCUCGCCCCCUCGCUCAAAGUCCCCUUCGACGAUGCUCCGACCCUCUCGCCCUUCGCUCAAAGUCCCCUUCGACGACGCUCCGACCCCCUCUCGACGAUGCUCCGACCUUCUCUCCACGACGCUCCUACCCCCUCCCGAAAGCGCUUGCUCGGCGUCCUCGAGAGACGCCUCGAUCAGCUCGCUAUCCGCUCACUGAUGGCUCGCUGGAGGGCGAGGAGCCAUCUGGGCCUGAUGGCUCGUUGGGGGACGAGGAGGGGGCAAUGCCCUUCUCCGAUGUCUAUGCGCUCGCGAUGCGACCCCUCCCUCGCGAUGUUUGCCCUCCCUUGCGAUCUCACGGCGCACAUUGGCUGGCGACGCCCCCUGCCCUUCCACCCCUCACCGACAUUGUCCUCUCUUCCCCUUUCGUGCGAUGAAUGUAGCUACUUCCCUUUUCGUGCCAGCGACGUGGCUACUCCUUCAUUCGUGAUAGCGACGAAGCUACUUCUCCUUUCGUGCCUCGACGUGGCUACUGAUCCAUUCGUCCCAUCGACUAAGCUACCUUUCCUUUCGCGCCAUUGACGUAGUUUCUUUCUUCACCUCUGUGCUUCGGAUGUAACUAAUUCGUCAUCGCUUUCUGUCGUUUCUCCUCUCACAUUUUGCUGUGACUCGUCCCUCCCUCUCCUCUCAAACUUCCUUCACCCUGUUGUCAAAGUUGCACCCUGUUGUACUUCCUUCACCCUGUUGCAAAGUUCAGGAUACCGCCGGCUCUCCCUGUUU